AUGGACUCAACCAAGAGACACUGCGAGAUCGCUCAAGUUGUAAUAAACAGCGGGAGUGAUGAUAACGACAUGCCUUCUCUGCUGGGUUGGAGCUACGGGGAUCUCCUCUCUCGCUCAACGCCCGAGUUUUUCGGAGACAGUGCCAGCUUGCUGGAUCUCUUUGAAUCAUCGACGGCGUCGUGCCUUCUGGAGGAAAGCUCAGCAACGUUGGUCACUUCCAACGUACUUCAAAGAAGCUUUUGCAAUAGCAGUUCCAGCACGAUACCAACUUCGAAUGCUUCUUCCUCGGUUGCCGCUGCGAUAAAACAUGGGACAUCAGAUCAUGAGCCACAGCAAUCGAGACAUUCUGAUUUGGAUCAUAUGUCGCACCAUGCACCGACUAGCCGGUGGGGCGAGAGCGGAUCCACAGGUCGCGGCAGGUCACCAGUGUUGCCUCGCCGAGCCCAGUCUCCAAUGAGACAAGUUCCAGAGACGGAGUCAACAGACAGCAGGACUGUGACGAAUCGACCGAAGCAAAUGGCUCCCAGAGAUCGUCACUCGCACUCCUGUUCGUGCGGCUCCAAGGGAACGCAAACCAGGAGUCCUCUACCUGUCAUGCCCCCAAGAAGAGUGCACAGCGUAAGUGCCUAA